GGUAGCGUUCUCGAAUCGUUGCCUCUGGCUUUUCUGCUGACAGGAUUUGUUAGCCGGUUCCUCUUUUCUGUGUGUUGUUGUGGUUGUGUGUGUGUGUUGCCCGCACCCCGCCCUCUCCUCAUUUGUUUCCCCUCGGCUUGGAUCCUGCCCAGUGGGCAGUGACGCCACUCGUAUCCGCCCGCCGUGGGUCCCCCUCCCCACCCCCACCCCAGGUCCCCCGGCGCGGAGGCGGUAACUAUGGAGAACAUGGCGGAGGAGGAGCUGCUACCCCUGGAGAAGGAGGAGGGAGCUCAGGUCGGCGUCCCGACCUCGGCCCCGGCCUCGGCCCGGGUGUCAGAUUCGGCUCCGGAACCGGCUCCGACUCCGGCCUCGGCUCCAGCCCCAGCCCUUGCCCGGGCCCAGACUCCGGCCCUGUCCCCGUCCCUAGCGUCUGCCCCCGAGGAGGCGGAAAGCAAGAAUUCGAGACUUACAAAGUUGUUUGGUGGGAGACAGCUCAGUGCCCUCCUCCAGGUCUCGACACCGAACGAGUAUGUAUUUAUUCCAUCCCCUCAGAAGCUGACGGUUGAGCAUGAGUAGUCCGUGUUACUGUGCUCUGAAUCCGCUUCAUGUUUUCUGAGUGGUAGUUAGUUGAUUGGAUCGUUUGGGAACUUUAAAACCUGACGAUUAACCACUUCUGUAAGGACCUUCUGAACGUUUUUAAAUGGCAAGGAAGGUUUAGCGACUACUUUCACGAAAUUGUUUCAUGGUCCGUAAAUUGAUGUUUCUUCCUCCUACUGAAUAACCACGUAGGGUAUUUUAACCUAUCGUCUCUGCUACGAUGUGACCAAUUUUAAAUUUGGUGUUUUUAAGACACUUGGAUAGUUGUAGUCUAAUAGAAUUACCCUGCGAUUUUAAAAGAACAUUAACUGUUAUAAGUAGAUUUAAAACAAGUAGGUCUAAUCGGAGCAAAGAAAAGUCACCAUCUCAGGUAGACGCUUCAUAUACAUGCAUGGCUUGUACAUGCAAAAUAAGGCCUGUUUAUUUCUUCACCUACAGUAUGGUGGUGGAUGGGGAGUUUUACACUGCAAAGUAGCCUUCUGCUUUUCAGAUUAUGUCUAUUUAAAUUGGUCACAAGAGAUUCAGGUGCUUUAGGGAGUGUAUGCUUUCUCCACCUCCUCACCAUUAAGAAUGUGUUAAGCCAGAUACCUGUACUACACACUGAGAUUGAAGGGGGAUAUGCAGUUGGAGACAAGCCUGGACUACAGAGAGAGACCCUGUCUCAAAAAUAAAAAUAAGGAUUGGGAACAUUUAUGUAUUCCAGGACUUAUAAGUAUCAUAUAAAGAUGUAUAUACUGUUUGAGAAACUUGGAAAAUGCAUUACUGGGACAAAUAAUGACUGAGAAAUCUGAAAUGCGUUAGAAUUAAGAUACAUAUUAAUAAUACUCUAAAAAUUAUUUUUAGAUGAUCUAGUUAGUCUUUUGAAGUCAAUCAUAACUAGGGAAGAUGAAGAUGGUGUAUCUGAAAUAGAACUGAAAGCUGAGGAAACAGUAA